AGAGAUUGAACGGUGCACGUCUCGACGGAAGAGAGCGAAACAGAUAAAAAGAUAGGUAAAAAAGACAGGACGAAAGAUGUGACAUGUGACAAUAGUCACGAGCGUAUUACUAGCAUGACAUUUGACGUUUGCGAUGCAACGUGAUUGCAACGGCAGAGUCUGCCGAUUGUACAUCGCGUCGAAUCGCCAAAGAGGCUCUCGCGAAAAGCGGAUCAUCGACAAGGGGUGGGAGAAGGGUCAGGUUUUCGGCUACGAAGAAGGAGGGAGGGUCGACGUUGAACGGCGAGAUCUCCAAUAAGUAGAAAGAGCAUGUGAUGACCGCGGGUAGACACCAAAUAAUUCGACGUGUACGUGGACGAAGUGAAAAUGGCAAAUUCGCAAAAUGUAAAGUGCGCCGGUUUCAGUUAUUAGAUAAGUAAUUGGCCAGUGGUACCACCGGUGGUGUACAUUCAGAGCGUGCAGUGCUUCCGGUACGCUACCUCACAUAUUUCUGGUCAUACAGUUAAAAACCGAGUCAAAUAUAAGAUAUAUACAUUAAACGUAGUUAAUCUUGCAAAAGUGCUAUCGAAGAUGCAUUGGGAAUCGACGUUGUUCCUGUUAUGUUUUUCGAUAACAUUAUCAUAUUCGAAUUUGUUCAGUGUCGAGAAGCUCAGGUCGUAUGCGAAGAUCCUGAAGUUCGAUACGUUGAACAUCAACGAAACGGGAAACGAGCUUUGGCACGGACUCUUCAAAGACUGUGACAAGAGAGUGACAUUUUCCUGCAUACAAAAGAAUGCAUAUACAUAUCUUGACAAUGCGUUCAUCGAGAGAGAUAAUAUCACCGUUUUCGAUGGUCUGAUACUUACGAGAAAUAAUGUCACUUAUGAUACGUGUCCUAAAACGGAAAAUCCCAAUGAUGUUCGUGAAAAUCUCGUAGAUGAUGUUGACACGGACGAUUGCGAGAAGAAAACGGCCGAGGAAGCGAAAGAGCAAAGUCGAAAAUUCAGAGAUGAACUGAAAUCACCAUUUGAAGAAAUCACGAACGCUUUACGACAAAAAACAGUGAAAUUUUUAUCGACACGAAAUUACGAAAUUCAACUUCCGCAGUUUUUUUUUGAAGGUGCAAAGAUAAAGAUAAGCCCGCGGGAGAUAGACGAGAAUGGAGCUCUUCUCAGAGUGGACUUCGGAAGUCAACAAGUUGCACAAGAAGAGGGACGAAUCUUCUUUAAGAAAAUCAGAAAGUUCAUACAGAAUAGAUUGUUAACCAGCUUCUUGGCGCUUCUCUUAAUUAUCAAGCUAAUUAAAGUGAAGUUCCUGUUCGUUAUUCCGUUCCUUUUCGGCGUGGGCGCUGCGAAGAAACUUUUCCUCAAACUGGUACUGUUCUUCAUUCCUGCGUUCGCGCACAUUUUCAAGCUCUGCUCCAGCUACUACUCGACCCACGCCACCAAGUAUCAUCAUCAUCAUCAUCAAAUAGCGCAUCAUCAUCAUCACGUGCCGGUUCCGGUAGCUGUCCCAUCUUAUUACGACAAUCAUCACCGCGAUGAUUUCGACGGUUAUGAUUACACCCAUCCUCAUGUUCAAUACCGGAAAGAUAUGGAAGAGUUAAAAGAAUGGGGAAUCGAACCUUACGACGAGCCUUACGAAGAGUCCAGUCAGCAAUUAAACCGCGUGGUCCCAGCUCCAAACCCAGCUCCAGUUCCCGGUGUCGUGUAUCCAGAUAAUCCGAUAGCAGCUGGCGCGCAUAACUUGGCCUACUCCGGAUAUCUCAACGACGUUAAAUACAAUCGACGACCCGUGGCGCAGCCAACUGCUGUACUUUCGGUAAAUCCCGUAAAUCUCGUAUCUGGUACGAAGACGUCAGUGAAGAAUCCUUAUACCGUAUUCGCGCCAAAUGUACGGCCGAGUCAUCAGAGACUCUUGACACCGGUUGCAACUGCCAAGAGCUCGUCUAUAUCGAUCUCGCGACAAGAAACGGACGAUGAGUAUUAUGGGCCGAUACUCGCACGUCUGGACGAGAUCUUCGACCAAUUGAGAUUCUACGAAGAGACGUGCAGGGAGAUGCUCGUUUGUAGCAUGUACAAGAACCCGACGGGCUACUCGCCGCACAGUAACCUCGUGUCGAACGAACUUUCCAGAGAUCCGCAGGAACUCAAGAGCAGCAUAAUAGAAAGCGUGUACAGUCAGAGAUUUUAUAGAUACGUCAACGCAGCCAGGUACGGUCAAGAUGGUGGAGAUUGCCUCAGCGCAUAUCCUUGUGGUAAUAAUUCUGAAUAGAUAUUAUGCAUAUUAAACGUACAAUUUAUAAUGACUUGUAUUAAAAUAUGAUAAACGUUAUGCAUUAUAUUUAGCAAAUGCUAAUAGACAUAUUUGCUCAAUAAGCUGGAAGAAUUUCAUCAGAUAGAUCAAUAUCGUAAUGUUGUGUAAUAUAAUAUCGGUAUAAAAGAGAGGCCGAUGAUACUGCCAUGUAUUAUUUAUAAUAAUAUAAUUUGUAAGACGUGCGACAAUUUAUACCUAAUUUUCCUAUUAGAAAAAAACUUGAAGUGUUUUGCGAAUAAAAUUAUUCGU